AUGAUGCCAAGGUGGUUAUAGUAUAACCAAAAGGAGGAGCCAGCAGUUCCUCGCUCUAUAUAAAUGAGCGCUCGGGAGAGCUCAUCUGUUUUUCUGGUCUGCUGUUAGUUCAUGUUAGUUCAUGUUCUUUUUAAUCAACACUGGGAAUUCUUUUUGGUUCAAAUUUGAUCUUCUCUGGUUUUUUUUUUUUUUUUUUUGAGUGUUUUGCUUUUUUUUUUUACAGAUUCCAAAGGUUUUUUUUUGUGAUAUAACAGGAUUAAGCAACAAGAAACUCUAGCAAAGAGUGAGACAGAACCAAUGAGCCGUAUGACACAGACUCUUCCUGAAUAAGCUCACUAAGCGAGCCUUUCCUCAAACCACAUUUGCUGAAAAGAAACUGCGAAAAAGAAUGUGGAGCCAAACAGGAAUCUGCGGCACAGUAAAUGCUUCUCACAGCUGUCUGUGACGAUAGUUUGAACAUUUCUGAAAACAAAGGAGCAACCGAUUUAUAUCCACAAAACAUAUUUUUGAGCUUCUAUCAUCCUAUCAAAGGAGCCAGGUUUUGCAGCUAUGGCCAGAUGCCGCAUGGAUUGCAUAGAAAAGCCCCUUCAGAGCUUCUUUAAGAAGAUGGGUGAAUCUGUUGGAUCCAAUCCCUGGUGGUUCCUCAUCACCCCCCUUAUUGUCUCUGCAGCUCUGGGAAGCGGGUUUUAUUUUACUCAGGACAGACUCUCCAACAAUAUUGAAGAGCAAUUUACACCUUUUAAUGGACCGGCCAAGACAGAGAGGAAGUACUUCAGUGAAAUGUUUCCAGAAGAUGAUUCCAUGUUUUCAAGUUUGCGGCAGACCACAGAUGGAAACUAUGCCACUCUCAUAGUUACAAGCGAGAGUAAUAUUCUGACUGUUGAAAUGCUUAAAGAAAUCCUCAGUUUGGACUCUAAAAUCAGGAACAUGUUGGUGGAAUUUGACAAGCAAUCAUUUAAAUAUGAGGGCAUCUGUGCUAAGGUGAUGGAAAAAUGCAAUUUAAACAUCAUUCUAGAUAUCAUUGACUACACUGCCAAAAAUAUAGACACUGUCACACUGACAUUCCCGUGGUAUCACACUGGUAACACAACACUGCCGUUGUAUACAAGUCUGGGGGGUGUGACAACUCAACGAGACACUUCAGUUGUUAAAAGCGCUAAAGCUAUACAACUCUAUUACUAUUUAAAAGAGGACAACAAAACAAAAAAUGACCUUUGGUUGGAAAGCUUCAUUAGUUUGAUCUCAAAUAGCUCCUCACCUUCCCUCCAGGUAUCAUACUCCACCUCAAUGUCAAUGCAGUGGGAAUUUGAGAAAUCUCCAGGCUCUGUCAUCUCUCUAUUUGCCAUCACCUACUCUAUUGCCAUCACAUUUUCCAUCAUGACUUGCUGGAGGUUGGAUAAUGUGAGGACGAAGGUGUGGGUGGGGUACUGUGGCGUUCUCUCUACAAGUCUAGCGGUCCUGAGUGGUUUUGGUUUGCUCUUGUUGGUGGGCCAGCCUUUUGUAAUGACAGCUGCCUCCUGUCCCUUCAUGAUUCUAGGUAUUGGGAUCGAUGAUAUGUUCAUCAUGAUCUCCUGCUGGCAAAAGACUCGUGUUCUGGACAGCGUUCCAGAGCGGCUGGGUGAGACCUACAAAGAUGCUGCCAUCUCCAUUACCAUUACCACCCUCACCGAUGUGCUGGCUCUCUUCCUGGGCUGCAUCACACCCUUUGGCUCAGUCCGGUCCUUCUGCCUCUAUGCUGGAAUUUGUCUUUGCUUCUGUUACUUCUACAGCCUGACCUUCCUGGGUGCAUGCAUGGCUUUAAAUGGGCAGAGGGAAGCAGAGAACAAGCACUGGAUCACCUGCAUCAAAGUCCCAAGUGAUGCAUCAGGGAAAUCAAAAGCCUUCUGGUUGUGCUGUACUGGGGGUCGGUACAACCAAGAUACUGAAAAAGAGGAAACAGAGCCCAUAAGUUAUUUUUUUGAGAACUUCUACGGUCCAUUUCUGACCCACAAAGUGACAAAAGUCUUUGUGUUUUUCCUUUAUGCAGGUUAUUUAGCUGCUAGUAUCUAUGGCUGCGUAAUCUUAAAGGAAGGACUUGAUACUAAGAACCUGGCUUUGGAUGAUUCUUACAUUAUCAAUUACUACAACCAUCAGGAGGAGCACUUCAAUGAAUAUAGCUUCAGCGCAAUGGUGGCAAUCAAGCAGCAAUUCCCCUACUGGGACAAAGACAAACGGAAGGAAUUAGAUUCUUGCAUUUUAAGUUUUGAAUCGCUGAAAUUUGUCAAUAACACAAUCGCUUGGUUCAUUUCCUAUGAAAACUAUGCAAAACGCAAUAAUCAGCCAAUAAGCUCCCAGAAGGAUUUUCUAAACAACCUAAGAGAGUUCUUACAAUCUGACCCAUUCUUAGCACAAGACAUCCAAAGGACUCCAGAGGGUAAGAUUAAGGCAUCUCGCUUUUUCCUUCAGACAAAAAACAACACACCGAUGGCAGAUAUGAUGGUGGAGCUCAGGAAAACUGCAGAGAAAUGUCUAGUGGAGCUCCUGGUGUACCACCCUGCUUUCAUCUACUUUGACCAGUACACCAUCAUUUUAGAUAACACCAUCCAAACCAUGCUCACCGCUGUGAUCGUAAUGCUUGCAAUCUCUCUCGUACUCAUACCCGAUCCUCUCUGCUCACUUUGUGUAGCUUUUGCCAUUGUUUCAGUCAUCACUGGCGUGACGGGAUUCAUGUCCCUCUGGGGUAUCAAUCUGGACUCCAUCUCCAUGAUCAAUCUGGUCAUGUGCAUCGGUUUCUCGGUAGAUUUCUCGGCGCACAUUUGCUACUCUUUUGUCUCGAGUCCCAAAACUAACGUCAAUGAGAAAGCUGUAGACGCUUUGGCGCUUUUGGGUUACCCAGUACUGCAGGGAGCACUGUCCACUAUUUUAGGUGUGGUGGUGUUGAGUGUGUCUGGGAGUUACAUAUUCCGGACAUUUUUCAAAAUCGUGUUUCUUGUCAUUGUGUUUGGACUGUUCCACGGCUUGACGUUUAUUCCAGUGUUUCUCACGUUGUUUGGGGCUUGUAGCAAGUCACGUUAAACUGACGUCCAGUGCAUCCUCCUACAGAUGUGAGAACAUUUAAAUUACACUCGCGCUAAAACUGUGGAUGUCAUGCCUUUAACUUGAGAUAUAUAUAUAUAUAUAUAUAGAUAGAUAUAUAUA